GGGAAGAUCUCUUCAAGCAAUGUUAACCUGGAAUGUUUGUUCACUGGGGGGAUUCCUUGAGAGUUUUUUAAUAUUUUGAGAGUCUGAUUAUUUCUCCUUUUCUAGUAACAGAGAAAAAUAUAGGAGAAAAAAAUCAUGUCAGAACACAGCAGAAAUUCAGAUCAAGAAGAACUUUUUGACGAGGAAAUUGAUGAAGAUGAAAUCUUGGCCAACUUGUCCCCCGAAGAGCUGAGAAAACUGCAGUCGGAAAUGGAAGUGAUGGCCCCUGACCCCAGGCUUCCCGUGGGAAUGAUUCAGAAGGAUCAGACUGACAAGCCACCCACGGGAAACUUUGACCAUAAGUCUCUUAUGGAUUAUAUGUAUUGGCAAAAGGCAUCCAGACGCAUGCUGGAAGACGAACGUGUCCCUGUCACCUUUGUGCCGUCCCAGGUGGACACUCAAAAGCAGCGUGAAGAAGUAGACAAAGGUAAUAAAAAUGGGUCCCAGUAUUUAAAAGAAAAGCUCAACAAUGAAAUCGCUGCAAAUAAGAGAGAAUCAAAAGGCAGCGACGAUGUCCGAGAAACCGAUGAUGCUGAUGGUGAAGGAGAUGAAGGAGACGAUGAGGAGGAUGAAGAUGAGGAAGGAGAAGAUGACAGCGAGGAGAGUGUGGAAAAGCCACAAAGAGGAGUGCAAGGCGAGGUAAGGGAGCAGAUCAGAAAUGGCGAGAGCAGCCGCCCACAAGUAAAGGCAUUUGGAGAACAGAAAGACAGACCAGAGGCCCAAGAAAAAGGUGAGAAAAAAAUAUCAAAACUAGAUCCCAAGAAGUUAACUCUAGAUACCAGCUUUCUAAAAGUAAGUGCAAGGCCUUCGGGAAACCAAACAGACCUGGAUGGGAGCUUGAGGCGCGUUAGACAGAAUGACCCCGACAUGAAGGAGCUCAACCUGAACAACAUUGAAAACAUCCCCAAGGAGAUGUUACUGGACUUUGUCAAUGCAAUGAAGAAAAACAAACACAUCAAAACCUUCAGCUUAGCGAAUGUGGGUGCGGACGAGAACGUCGCGUUCGCCUUGGCGAACAUGCUGCGGGAAAAUAGGAGCAUUACCACUCUCAACAUCGAGUCCAAUUUCAUCACAGGUAAAGGAAUUGUGGCCAUCAUGCGGUGCCUCCAGUUCAACGAGACGCUCACCGAGCUUCGGUUUCACAAUCAAAGACACAUGCUGGGCCACCAAGCCGAAAUGGAAAUCUCCCGGCUCUUGAAGGCGAACACCACUCUCCUGAAGAUGGGCUACCAUUUUGAGCUCCCAGGUCCCAGAAUGGUGGUAACCAAUCUGCUCACUAGGAAUCAGGACAAGCAACGGCAGAAAAGACAAGAGGAACAGAAGCAGCAGCAGCUCAAAGAGCAGAGGAAGUUGAUAGCCAUGUUGGAGAACGGGUUGGGCCUGCCACCUGGAAUGUGGGAGAGGUUGGGGGGACCCAUGCCCGAUCCCAGGAUGCGGGAGUUCCUCCAGCCUCCUCCUCAGCCUCCCAAACCCCAAGCGGCCCCCUUCGGUCGACAGAAUGAAACGAUGAAGAAGCCGUCACAGCCUCCGAAGUACAGGACGGACGCUGACUCCUUCCGAGUGGUGAAGCUGAAGAGGAUCCAGCGCAAGUCUCGGAUGCCCGAGGCCAGAGAACCACCUGAGAAGACCAACCUCAAAGAUGUCAUCAGAACGCUCAAACCGGUGCCGAGAAAUAGGCCACCCCCGUUGGUAGAAAUCACUCCCAGAGAUCAGCUCUUGAAUGACAUUCGUCACAGCAACGUCGCCUAUCUUAAGCCCGUGCAACUGCCAAAAGAACUGGCAUAAGUGGCAACAGAAUACUCUAGAAGAACAAGGAAUUGAGACAAUGAUUCGGGUCAGAGCUUGGUGACCGUCUCAGCAGCAUACUUCUGGAGCCAGGUGGUGGAACUGGGAACAAGGCUGGCAUCUGAUAGGAGGAUUUUGUAAAGGCAGAGGCAAAAUAAGGGGCUGACAAGGAAGGGGGAAGGAGAUAAAAAAUUACUAUCCUGGGACAACAUUUUCUACUUCCAAUCCAUUUGAGUGACUUAGGUAAAAUUUAGUCGUGCUUCCAGCAACAGCAGUUUAAAAAACGAAAAAAAUUUUUCCCCAUAAACAUUUGUUUUACUCUUGCUUUCUUCUGGUAAAUAACAAUAAAUACUAUAGAAGUGUUAAAUAUUUCUUCCUCCAUCUCCUGCUGUAAUUCAUGGCACUGGUCGUGUUUCACUCUGUGGAAAUGUGAGGGGUGAAUUGAGCACCAUGCUCAAUGCCGAUGCUCUGAAAUGGAGGAACUGUUCGUUAGCUCUUCUCUGGAGAAGCAGGUGGGAUUUUCAGUUUCCAACCUUGUUUAGUUUGCUCUCUUGGACAUUCCCCUGGCAUGUCGUACUUCGGAAGCAGAACAUAUCUAUGAGGAGCAGAGCAAGGAGGCAUAGGACAUGGAGAACACAGAGUGAACUCACAACCCUGUGAUCAAGGAGGAGUCACACACUCUACUGACCAAGCCAGCCAGGCGCCCUUUAACUUGUUUUUUAAAAUGCAAUAAUUUACAGCUCUUACAUGCUACAUUUUUAUAUUAUUUUCCUUCCAGAAUUGACCACCAACCAUUAGUAAUUAUAAUGAGUAUAUUUUUUAUUUAAGUUGUCACUUUUUCCAAAUAGAUAGCACUCCGUCUACAGAAUUUGUGUAGAAAAUGGAAAGGGCUCAAAUAUGUCAGGUUUUAAAAAGGAGCCCGUUGGGAUUCAAUUUUAUUCUGGCUGGAAAUUAAUAAAGUAUUAAAGUAUUAUUAAACAGUACCAUAGUCUCCCCCCCACCCCUUAUCCAGUGGGGAUAUGUUCCAAGAACCCCAGUGGAUGCCUGAAACCACAGAUAGUACUGAACCCCCUAUAUAUACACUGUUUUUUUCCUGUACACACCUACAACAAAGUUUAAUUUAUAAAUCAGGCACAGAGAUUAACAACAAAAACUAAUAAUAAACUAGAACAAUAAUAAUAAUAUGCUGCAAUAAAAGUUAUGUGAAUGCAGUCUCUCAAAAUUAUCUUACUGAACGUACUCACCCUUCUUCUGUGAUGAUUUGAGAUGAGAAAAUGUCUCCUGUGGAGAUGAAGUGAGAGGAAUGGAGUAGGCAUUGUGACGUAGUAUUUAUCUACCGUUGAUCUCCUGAGGAUGUGUCAGAAGGACAAUCAUCUGCUUCUGGACAGAGGCUGACUGCUGGUCACUGAAACCAUGGAAAGCAAAAGCACGGAUGGGGGGCUGGGGGGCGGGGA